AUGUCACACUCUGACCAACCAAAAAAUGAAAAUGGAUGUGACUUCAGCCACCUUAAGCCAAGUGAAGUAUUCGAAUACCCUAGUCAGGCUUCAAAAAUUAUUUGGGGUGUCAAUUCCAAUAAUAUUUCAGAAGUAUCUUCACAAAUUAUAGAAUUCAUUACAACUUCCAAAAUUACUAUCCAAAUGGCAAUCCACUUGAUUGCUACCUUUUCAUUAAUUCGUGAAAAAGAUAUUAAAUUAUUUGCAGAACUUUAUUUCAAUAUAUCGAACAAAUUUUCAUGCAACUACAAACCGACAAAUCGUAAUGUAGCCACGUUGUUGUAUUAUAACGGCAUCAAAUUCGAAGGAUUUGAACCUAGAAAGAAAAAAGGAGAAAUUCUCAAUAUAUUUUCAAAAGAAUCCCCGUUGUAUUAUAUUGCAUGGGAUAAAGUUGAUGAACUUAAAAGUAAAUUCCCAAAACUUGCUCUUAAUCGAGAAAUAGAUUAUAUUUUCACACCACUUAAUUGUGCUAUUAAAUACGGAUCAGAAUUAUGUUUCAACUACUUGAAAAAUAUGGGAGCCAAAUACAAUAUUAGCUCCCCAAGAUUAGCUGUUCAAUGA